GCCGCCUCACGAAGACGUCGAGUGACUGAUCACAUCAGCCAAGAUGAAAUCCUGUCUGUCUCUCAUCGUGGUCCUUUGUCUGGCCAGCGGUCUGUGGAUUGGAGCUGACGCUCAAUUCAGGCAAGACUUGUGCACCGAUGGUUGGAUUCAUUAUGGCUGCAAUUGUUUUAAAUACUUUGGAGAGCAGAAAACCUGGGCUGACGCAGAGCAUUUCUGCCUGGGACAAGGUGGAAACCUGGCGUCCAUCCACAACAACCUGGAACAUAAUUUUGUCAGAAGGUUGAUCAAAAGCGCUUCUGGAAGAGAUGAUAAAGUUUAUGUUGGAGGUCAUGAUCGCUACAAGGAGGGCAAAUGGAGCUGGUCUGACGGAAAAAACUUUGUAUUCCCCGGGUGGCACAAAGGAGAGCCCAACAACAACGGUGGCAACGAAGACUGCAUGGAGCUCAACUUCCACAAUGCUGGCAACGACAUCCCCUGCCAUCUGAGAAGAGCCUUCGUUUGCUCUAGGCCUGUGUAAUUCUCAUCAAGUGAGGUCCUGAAAAUGGCACCUGCUCCAGGUCACAAGGAUCCAAACGACCUGCAUUCAUGCAAUAUUAGUUUAGUAAACUGU